AUGGCCCUUUGUCAGGGCAGAUGGUCCUUUGCGGACCACAUCUCCGACUUCGAAAUGCUGGCUGCGGAUGCCAGAUACAACGUAGUCACCACCACGGAUGACCAGGGCAAAUACAAGAAGGGGGAUCAAGACAAUAUCCUCAUCGAGUUUCUUGAGCGCGGGCUCAGUAGCGAGAUUGCGAGCCGCCUCUACAACACUGGCGUUCCCCUGCCCAAGGCAUACGGCGCCUUCAAGAACUGGUGUGUCAACAUCGAGGCCAAUGCCUUGCGCGACCAGCUGCAUAAGACAUCCUAUGUGCACUCGACUCCGCAGCCUUCACCCCAAUUCCGCCCUCAGGUGGCACCAGUGGCGCCCACACCCGCUCCGACCCGGCCAGCUGCCAAUGAACCGAUCCCGAUGGAAAUUGAUCGCACACACGCCUGCGGCCGCAAUAUCAUCUGCUACAACUGUCAGCAGCCUGGGCACAUUGCGCGGAACUGCCCGGAACCAAGGAAGAAGCGCACAUUCUUCAAUUGGGCCACAAUGCUUGAAGAGAUCGAGAACGGAGACAAGGACAACAAGUUCCUCAAGGAGAUUGCCAAGAAGCUGCGUGAGAAGGGUUUUUGA